GUUUGUGGCGCUUUUCCGCUGACCACGUGACUGACGGACAGCGGGGAUCUGGGUGAGGUCCCAGCCUAUGACGUGGGCGCGUAAACACGGGAAAGGGCGAACACGGACAUCGGUGUGUGUGGUCGAUCGAUCCGGAUGAGUCCGGUGGUCUGACAGUGAUCUGGGGUCUACUGAAAACAUCAAAGGGGAUCAGCUGGGCUUCAUUUUGCAGCGUGUGGUUGGGCGGAGGAAGGAUGCGUUGCCUGGUAACAGAGAACGGAGUGAGGAUGAAAGCAGGCCAACCGUCGCUCUGAGUGAACGUCUUCCGCCGAUGCGUGCCUGUAGUCUGCGUUGAGGGUGAAGCUGCCGUCAUGCCGUGUACAUGUGCAGAGUGGAGGAGGUGGAUCCGCCCGCUGGUUCUGGUGCUUUAUGCCCUCCUGCUGGUUGCUGUUCUGCCGCUCUGCAUCUGGGAGCUGCAGAAGGACAAAGUCGGCACUCACAGUAAAGCCUGGUUCAUCGCUGGCGUCUUUGUGUUUCUGACCAUCCCGAUCUCGCUGUGGGGGAUCCUGCAGCACAUGGUGCACUACACACAGCCUGAGCUGCAGAAGCCCAUCAUCAGGAUACUGUGGAUGGUGCCGAUCUACAGUUUGGACAGUUGGCUGGCCCUGCGAUAUCCCAACCUGGCCAUCUACGUGGACACGUGCAGGGAGUGCUACGAGGCCUACGUCAUUUACAACUUCCUGGUUUUCCUGCUGAACUUCCUGAGUAACCAGUACCCCAGCCUGGUGUUAAUGCUGGAGGUCCAGCAGCAGCAGCCACAUCUGCCCCCGCUGUGCUGCUGCCCACCAUGGCCCAUGGGAGAGGUGCUGCUGUUCAGGUGUAAGCUGGGAGUCCUGCAGUACACUGUGGUCAGACCAGUUACCACAGUGAUAGCGCUCAUCUGUCAGCUCUGUGGGGUUUAUGAUGAAGCAAACUUCAGCUUCAGAAACGCCUGGUCCUACCUGGUCAUAAUCAACAACAUAUCACAGCUGUUUGCCAUGUAUUGUCUGGUGUUGCUCUAUCGAGCUCUCAGGGAGGAGCUGAUGCCCAUCAGGCCUGUGGGGAAGUUCCUCUGUGUCAAACUGGUCGUGUUCGUCUCCUUCUGGCAGGCAGUUUUAAUAGCACUGCUGGUGAAGGUCGGUGUGAUCUCUGACAAACACACCUGGGACUGGGACAGCGUGGAGGCCGUGGCUACUGGUCUGCAGGACUUCAUCAUCUGCAUAGAGAUGUUUCUGGCUGCCAUCGCUCACCACUAUACCUUCACCUACAAGCCCUAUGUACAGGAAGCAGAGGAGGGGUCGUGUUUUGACAGCUUUUUGGCCAUGUGGGAUUUCUCUGAUAUCAGAGCUGAUGUCAGUGAGCAGGUCCGCCAUGUCG